GUUCGAUCUGUCUCGGUGUAUAGAGGCGUACGAUUAAACACAUAAAGAGAAAGGGAAGAAUGAGGGGUGUCAGGAAAAAAAGGAACAGAAUUACUGUAUACCGCGAAAGAUUCACCUUGUGUUGACGGUCGUGUGAUUUUUCUCUAAAACGCGCGUUUACGUUUCUUAGCUCAAUUGUAAUAUGCCAACUAAAUACGAUCUGACGUUAACAAUCUAUUCGUCUAACAUAACCUCAAACUCUCCAAGGUUAUAGUCUAAUUAUAGUUGUAUACUUUCGGGAUCCCGAAAGACCCGUACAUUGUAGAAAACUUUCGGGAUCCCGACGCAUAUUAUACUUUCGGGAGCCCGUCCGAUUCCGCCCGACUUUUACCGAUCCUGACUCGAACCUCGGGAUCUCGUCAUUUUCGACGUUGAUGCAUUAAAGUCAAAUGUGCCGAAUGUGUGAAAGAAGAUUUGCACCGUCGCGACAGAUGUUUAGACGCUUCAUAGUUCUGCUUCACACGCAAGUUGCACUUUCCAAGAAGUCCAAAGAUAUGCUCCAAGUACUUGAAGUACAUUUUCAUUGAGCAGCUCUCAACAUCCAUUAACACGUUCAACAGUUUCCGCACAAUAGAAACAGGGAAAUUAUUUCUACUAACACUGUCUCUAACAAACGCAGAAACUUUUCAUGGAAAAGCGAAGAACUUGAGCAAAGUAAUGUUCAGCCUUUGAAGACCGUCGUAUACUGCCACGUCGAGCGGAUGACUGGUAUACCAAUUCCGUAACGUACAGCCGGACUCAGAUGUGUAUGAUGAAAGGGACUUGUUAGUAUGCUGGAUAAGUGGCGACUUCAUGCGUCCGGUACGUCGCCAUGCACUCUGAUUUUCGUGGUCGCCUUGGCACUGACUGGCUUCUCCUUCUGGCUUCACAUCGACAGCUCCGGUUCACCGACGCCGUACAGCAGCGUCGUGUCGGCACCGGGAUAUCUAUUAAUCCUUCCCAAGAACGUGAUAGCCUCCCCGCAGCCAUACUUAUUGCACGAACUUCCGUUCGGUGACAGAUCCACCCUGAUCGACUUAAAGGACUUCCGGUUCACGAUCAACCAUGACCCGUGUAACCGGACGCAUCCGUUGCUGCUGAUGUUGGUCCACUCAGCUCCCGAGAACUUCGUUAAGAGGAACGUAGUCAGGGAGACCUGGGGUCAGCAAUCACCGGACGUGGCGCUCCUUUUCUUCAUCGGCUCGUCUAAUGAAUACCAGGCGAUGUUGGAAGAGGAAAAUAGGAAAUACAAAGAUUUGAUACAAGGCAACUUUCUCGAUGAUUACAGAAACAUGACUUACAAGCAUGUUAUGGCAUUGAAAUGGGCUACGUAUCACUGUCCAAGUGCCAAAUAUAUAUUAAAAUUAGACGACGAUGUUUUUGUUCAUAUACCCGCCAUGCUGGAUUUCUUAACGCGUUAUCUCUCACCAUGGGGAGCCAGACGAUUGAUCCUUUGCGAUCUCGUCCCCACAGGUACUGUCAAGAGAUCUUGGCGUUCUAAGUGGAGAGUCUCCCCCCAAGAAUAUCCUGGUAGACAUUAUCCUGCAUAUUGUGCCGGAUGGGGUAUACUUUACUCGCCUGAUAGCGUAUUUCUUUUGUAUCGCGAGGCACAGAAAGAGCCAUACUUCUGGAUCGAUGAUGUUCAUAUUACCGGAACAUUAGCUAAGAAAGUAAAUUUAACACAAACGUCUCUACAUUACUUGGUGCUAACCAAUGAGAACAUGCAGAACCUUCUAUCUAAUCCGAGUUCUCAUAGGGAGUUUCUGUUUGGACCUCCGAAUCUCACGGAAAACGAAAUAAGAGCCUUACAGAGUAUGGUUACUAAACCACGGCCUAGCAGCGAAAGCCUAUUAAAUUGAAACAUUUCGGAUAAUUUGAAAAAAUUUAUGCAUCUGUUACCAUUUUUAUUUUUGAAGUAAUUUUUUUGUAAAGAAAUCUUAUAACAUUAGACAUUUCUCUUUUUCUAUUUCAAUAAGUUUGGAAUGAAAAUAACACGAUAGAGUUUUGGUAUUGUAGCGGCCAUCAUCUCACCCUUGCCACUAGAUAAUUCCAACUUCAAGGAGGUUCGAGAACUUUCUCGCAAGUCCUCGGAAAACCUCCGCUUCCUAUACACGUAUACACAAUUUCCCGACUUUCCAAUAAUAUCCCAGUCUAAGGCAGGACCUGCUAGGGUAGCCUUACUGAUGGGCCCGAGACGAAACGCAUCCCUUCCUUUUCCUUUUGCCCCUUUUAGUACUACCGACAUAACGAGCAUACCUGCGACCUGCCGACUUCAACAACCGUGGGGGAGGACCCCUCUAUAGUAUUUUAUAAAAUUUUGUAUAAGAGAUUUGAGAGAUAAAAAUGACAGAUGCAUAAAUGUUUUUCUUAUAUAAUGCAACAAAGAAUCUCAAAUAUUUGAUAUUUUGCGCACUUUUCAUUCGUAAGUUAGGAUGUCUUAAAAAUUAAAACUUCUUGUUCUUAUACCGUGAUUCGUUGUUUAGAUUUGAUUCGGAUAAAAUUCUAAUUCUAAGUUCCUUGAACUAUUAUUC